AUGCUCAAGAAUAACAUGUUUGUCAAUCGCUUUAAUGGUAUUAGUUUUGUAUUGUACCCAUUCAAUAUUAUUAACCUUUUCUUGGCAGGUUGGGUGGAAUUAUUAGAAGUUACUAUGAGUAGCAAGAGUGUGCAGGUUGCCAGAGGUGAAACAGCCGAACUACCAUGUACCUUCAUUACAAGUGCUGCUUUAACUCAACUGAAUAUCAUCUGGACUGUGACACCUCUCUCAAAUGUCAAUCAGCCAGAACAGGUAAUUUUGUACCAGGGAGGCCAGGUAAUUAGUGGAGCCACCCAGUUUAAUUCCCGUGUCGGCUUUGUCGUCACCAUGCCGAGCACAAUUGCCUCCAUCUUCAUUAAUAAUACACAACUGUCAGACACAGGGACAUAUCAAUGCUUGGUGAACAACCUGCCUGACAGAGGAGAGAGGAACAUAGGCAUUCUUGGAUUGUCUGUAUUAGUGCCACCUGCUAUCCCAUCGUGUAGACUUCAAGGAACUGUUGAUGCUGGAAAUGAUGUCACACUCACUUGUAGGUCGAAAGAAGCUAUCCCCAUCCCAGCGUAUUCCUGGGAAAAACUGGAUUCAUUUGAUAAAUUACCACCAACGUCAGUCCAGGAUCCAAUGCAGGGGACAUUGAUUCUCCGGAAUAUCAGCACUGCAACAAAUGGUUUGUACCAGUGUACAGCUUCUAACACCAUUGGAUCCAGUACCUGUGCCAUUGACCUACAGGUUGUUGCUUCACAACUGCAGAAUGUUGGAAUAAUAAUUGGAGCUGUGGUGACAGGUAUCCUGGCACUUCUCCUCUGCAUCUUUUCCAUUGUUGUCGUUGUGGUCUACUGGAAGAACAAAAACAAGUAUGAAGAGGAGGAAAUUCCCAAUGAGAUCAGGGAAGAUGACAUUCCACCAUCAUCAUCAUCCUCUAAAGGUUUCCAUCCAGCUGGUUCCUCUGAAAAUGUUACCCUCACAUCAGUAAACACACUAAAUGCCCCCUACUGGCAAAAAAAGAAGUCUACCUAUGAGUUAAAUCCAUUCAGUCGGUAUAAUGGACAUACGCUCCACUCAAUUACGACGACGUCGAGUCAACCACAGAACCGACCAGUGUACACAAAUGGAAGCUACCACACCACGGCAAAGGCAAUGAUUGUUGCUUCAAGUUUAUCUCCAUCUUCACAAAACCUAGCAAGGUGCAAUGGCUCACUUGUUCGUACGACACCUUCACAGCAUGCACUCUCCUAUGCUGUUAGCCAUGCAAAUCUUCAACGAAUGGGCGGCAUACCUGUCAUGGUACCGGCACAGAACAGGGCAGGAUCUCUGGUGUAGAUAACAUUUAAUUGACAGACUGAAGACUGUACUCGUGACCUAAAUUUCAGUUACAGAUUGAUAUUUUCUCAUGUUAAAAUAAAAUACACUUUCUCGCCUGGUCCCUGAUCUGUGGGCGGAAUUGAAUAAAAAGCAAAGCCGUUUCAUGCCUGAGUUUGAUUUACAUGCAGCUGCAUUUUGUCUUAAAAUUAACACAUUUCUGAAGUCUUAUUUUGCUUUUCACCGUCAUUGAUAGGCACUGAAUUACUUUAAAUUCUUAGAAAAAAUAUGUAUAAAUUUUCCAAAAGAAAUAAGACAUUUGCUUGAAAUUAAAGCGGAGUGAUUUGAGUGCAGUUUCUUAAUAAUUGUUGAGAGACUGAAAACGUAUCUGACAUUAAGUUACUACCCUCAAGAUGGGAAAUGUGAAGAAUUUUCAUCAAGUAUAAUUCACAGGUCUGAUUGCAUCCCUCUAUUUACUGUUCAGAUACCUGGAACUGCAAUAAGGGAUAGACGAAAUGUUUCAAUGAAGGGCAAUGUUGAAAAUUGAUAAGUUCUGGAAAAUUACUGAGACUUUCAAAGUUCAUCAAAGUAUUCUAAGUGUAUUAAAAGACCAAAAAUUGGAAAAAAAAUUGUCAAUUGGACAUGACAUUGGAAGUGUAUAGUUUUCUUUGAAGGGAAUGAUUUGAGAUCAUCUCCAAUCAGUCUCGGACACCACCAAACAUGCUUUUGCUGAAAUGCUCGUCUUAGAGCAAUUCUACACGGAUAAAAGUGGCAUUAUUUAGAGACAGCACAACUAACUGAGAAAGCAAGGGUAUUGAGAUGAUUAAAAAGAACAGAAUGGAAUUACUGAAAUAUGCCUUCAACCACAAAAAGGGGUUCAUAAAUAACUGGACUGAAGGGGCUCCCAACUGCUGUGUGGAACAGUAAACCAGUAUUUUGCAAUGGUUUUGUUUGAACAACAAAGUUCAAAAUGAUUGUUUGUAGUUGUGAGAAAAGUUAUUUAGAAUGGCAGAAAUUAAUGCUUCAAGGUAUUGUUAAGAUCUAUGUAUAAGCAUUUUCAGAAGAAAUAUUUGUUUCAUUUACCUAUUAAGAGAUUAGGUUACAUAUACAUCACAACAGUAAAUUGUGUUUACAUUCGUUAAUGGUUUCUAUAGUUUCUACUGCUGUUGUGCGUUAUUUAUGUCAAAUAGAGCUCUGUCACUGGAACGUUGGUGCUUGGUACAGAUUCCGGCUUCCCCCACAACCUUGUUACGACUGGGCUAUGAUCCAGCUAAAGGCUCCUUUUCUGUGCAUGAUAGAUUGAAGGAUAAUGUUAGAUACAAUUUUUUGAGUUCUUUGGUUGCUGUAGAGGUUUUUUGCUGAAUUGGACACACUUUAGCUAAACAAUGAACCAUUUCUCAAUUGUCUCAACACCUUGUAUGAAGCAUUUGGCACCACAAAAACAUCUGAGCCAUUUUAUUUAAAUUGAAUAGGAGCUGCUUCCAUCUGCCAUGUAAAUACAGACUGUUGCUUACAGCGACACUGCUAAAAUAAAUUGCCCAGAAGCUGCUAACCACAACAGCAAAUACAAGUCUAGCCAUUUGUUUUUCACUGAUUUGUAAUGCUGGAAUUCAAAUAAACAGCCCAAAUAAUUGGAAGCAAAAUCUCCAAUAUCAUUUGAAUGAAAGCUGAUCAGUGAAAUGAAUUCAUUGGUAGAAUUGCACCAAAGCUCCUGUCAACAACCCAACUGAUUGCAGCCAUUUGUGCAUAAAUUUCGAUUAUUGUAUUAAUGAGUUUAAAAAAUUCAAAAUUAGCCAUUUUUAAUUUUUUGAUCCUUGUGCACACCUAUAUCUGUUAAAUGUA